UCUCGUAGCGUGAAUAUCGUCGGGCGAGCUCUCGUCGCGGAGGAAUCGUGGCGGAAGAACGCGGCACACAUUGCUCAUCUGACUUUUUAACCCCGUUGUACCGUGAUCGAAGAUCGAGAGAAGAGUGGUGUUUUAUCGCUGGGACAUUUCAGGGAAACGAAACGACGCGUCGUUGAUAAUUAGCAGUUGAGCUGCAACCCAGGUGCAAUAACCCAGUCGCGCAACGACGCCGAUGACAAUGCCAGGCUCGGAACAACGGCAUCAGUGAAAGAUGGUGGACAAGGAAGAGUUGAGAAUAAAGAAGGCGAAGGCCCCACCACCGCCGCUGAAUCUCAGCGAGGCGAUCGAGGAUGAAGUGCUGAACCAAAAGACUGCUAGAAUUCUUAAGAAUGAUCUUCUUCUACACGAGGCUGUGAUGAAGAACGAAGCGGACACCGUUCGCAAAAUACUUAAGGAGACUGUCGACGUAGAUUCCAGAAAUAAUUAUGGUCGUGCUCCGAUUCAUUGGGCAGCGUCUAAAGGAAACACAGAAAUUAUUGAAAUGCUGAUACAAGCUAAAUGCGAUAUUGAAGCAAGAGAUAAGUUUGGAAUGCGACCCUUACAUAUGGCCGCCCAACUCGGACACCGAGACGCGGUGAAGAUGUUGAUAAAUGCCGGGGCAAGCGUAUCUGCGCUCAACAAGAAACAGUACACACUCCUAAUGUGCGGUGCUCGCGGCAAGAACGCAGCCGUGGUGGAAUACCUCGCGGAAGCGGUGGAAUCGUUAAACGUCGAGGCCACCGACAGCACCGGGGCGACUGCCCUUCACCAUGCAGCCAUCACCGGAGGACAUCCCGCGGUAAUCACGGCGCUUGCAAAUAUCCCGCGGAUCGUGCUGGACGCCACGGACAAGAAUGGACAAACGGCGUUGCACUGUGCUUGCGCUGGGGAACACUUGGACACGGUUGAGGCCCUUAUAGGAUUAGGAGCGAAUGUAGACGCCCAGGAUAACGAUGGCAAUACCCCACUUCACGUAGCUACCAGAACGAGGCACACAGGGAUCGCGCAAUUAUUAUUAAAAGCUGGAGCGAACACCGAGCUAAUCGACGCGGAGGGUUUUACUCCCCUUCAUGUCGCCGCAAGCCAGGGAUGUAAAGGAAUACUCGACUCCAUGAUUCAGCACGGGGCCGAUCUUAACAAGCAGUGUAAGAACGGUAAUACACCUUUGCAUCUGGCCUGCCAAAACAACAAAGUAGAAACGGUAGAGAUAUUAAUUAACAAAGGCGUCGAUCUCAAUUGUUUGAAUUCGAGGCUCCAAUCGUCCAUACAUAUCGCGGCCGAGAUGGGACAUACGGAUAUCUGCGAAUUACUUCUUGCAGCAGGCGCGAAUAUCGAGCAGAAAGAACAGAGCGGCCGGACGCCACUUUACAUCGCAGCGAGGGGCAGUUUCACGGCCAUCGUCGACAUGAUCAUUAAGACCGCCAGAUUGGAUUAUCCGACCCCGGAAAUCUCGAAUUCUGACAAGGAGGUCCGAGAGCUGACUCCGGCGCGAAGAUGGUGGAGGGAAGGAUCGCGCGGUGGCAGCAUCUCCAGCAACAACGGCCGCCUCACGGAGCAAGUUCGAUCCGUUUUAUGGAAAUUGGCCUACAAGCAACUGGCACCUGGAGACUGGAAAAAGUUGGCCUUUCAUUGGGCUUUCACCCCCGAGCAGAUCAGAGCUAUCGAGCAUCAGUAUACGGCCUCAAUUGCAGGUCCCUCGAGUUACAAGGAGCACGGAUUUCGAAUGUUAAUGAUCUGGGCCUCCGGACUGAAUCCAGACAUACCAUUGAUAAAAGAGCUCUGUGAAGCUUUAUCAGCGGUGAACAAGAAAGCAGUUGCUGAUUCCAUUCGCAAACAAGUGGAGCAGGGAGACGACGGUAAGAAAUCGAAAGGACAACGAUGUCACAAAUGCUCCAUCACGUGAAUGUUUACAAGUGCCAAGUGCUCACACGUUAAUUCUACACACACAUAUGAUAUAUGAAAAUGGAUAUUGUAUGUAAUAACGAAUGGAUAUUGUAAUUUACGAUAUAAUAGCUGUUCUCGUUAAAAGCUUACUUGCAAUGUAAUGAGGAGAGUUCAACGAACUUGGCGAAUGUCAUUAACGAAGAAUUUAUGAGAAAGGAAAAGAAAAAAGUAUAUACGAUUGUAUAAAUGCCUUUUGUACGAAUAAUACGUAAUGUUACGCCAAAUUAUUAGGACCCAAAUAACGAAUAUAUAAUUUUAUGGCAAAGCUAUAGCUGUCAUAGAUCAUUUCGAGAGAAUAAGAAUUUUUCUUUAUAAAAUUUCAGGCAUAUAAUUCGACGAGAGUUUACAUCAAUACUCGCAAACUUUUUAGUAAAAAAAAAACGUUCGAACUUAACUCAAAGUAAGACUCGUCAUAAAUACAAUUAAUCUGUCGGUGUUAUUGUGUAAAAAAUCACGUAAUUAAAAAAUUCCAAAGAAAAUAAAAUUCAUAAUAAGUUAUUCACAAAUUUUUGGACCAGGAAGAUUGUAUAAUCUUAUCCUAUCGUAUUCUAGACAAGUUGAUUGAAGAUUAUAAUUACAUACAGUAGCUUCACUUUAGAGUUACUCACUUUAAAAAAGUCUAUAGACCUGUUAUAUCGUCGCUAGGUUAAAUAUCAUUUACAUGACGCGACAACGGUGAAGAAGAUAUUUGAAUUAUAUACAAAUAAUAUGUGCAAAAAGAGAAAUACUUAAAAUGGAGUAUUUGAAUAAUUAUACGUACGAAACCAAGCCGUCCUAAGCUAAUUUUAAUUCAGGCGGACUAUCACAUUUCCGUUUUACUUUCGCGAUUCUUUUAUAUAUAUAAGAGAAGCGCCUCCGUAAUUCGUAUUAUAGAAACAAAAGUUAGGACGCAGAAGCCAUCGAAAAAGCGAUACAAUUGUAAAAUCAAAGUAACAAUCGAAUGUACAGACUUUUCGGAAUAAUAUUAAUAACGCAUAGAGUAAGUGUGAGAGUAAAUUUUGCAGGGCUUUCGAUGUGAUAACAGUUUAUUAGAUUAGACCUAUUAGACCUCGAAUAAGGAAUGUAAUGUAAAAUCCAUAGCGAUUAUCGUACGGUUCUCGAGAAAGAGAGACAAUCUACAUAUCUGAAACUUACAAAUUUAGAUCUAACUACGAACGAUAACAUUGUACGCGCGUAAUUUCAUCUUUCGCAGAAUUAUAUAAAUUAAAAGUUAU